UGUAUGUUGUGUGUACACAAAUGUCUUGCCUGUGACAUAGAUCUUCAGAAAGUUCCUUUAAGCAAAAGGUUCUUACAUCAGACAAGAACUGCGCUCAGUGUCUGUGUAAGAGAGAGAAAGAUAUAGAAGUGAGAAGUCAGGGAAGUAAACCUGAGACAGCCAGCUUCCUACACUACAGAAGUGAGCCGUCUGGGUGUGGCGCUGCAGGUGCGGGAGGAAGAGGGAAAGAGAGAGACUAUAUAUCAAUUCUUCGAGGUCAAGUUUCCUCCCUACGUCUGGCGUCACCUGUGUCUCCAGUUUGACCACAACACCACCCAGGUGAGCACAUAAUUAUACCAUUAUUGAACAAUAAGUUGCACAAGAUUCUAAAAAAAAAAAUGAUCGUGUGAAUUUGAUAUGCUGACAAAAACGUCAUAAUUUUAGAAGAUCAUGCUGUCUCGAUGUUAUAUAUGAAAGUAAACAAGCUAUCUAUAGUAUGGUCGUCAGUCUGAAUUUGUAUAAUAAUUACAUUGUUUUAUCCAAUGCUCUUGUUUUAUUUAAUGCUCUGUUUUGGCAUUAUAUGAUUUUUUAUUCCCUUCUUCCACGUAAGGUUCGGUGUUUUGUUGAUGGUGACCAGGAGAUGCUGUCAGUGAAGCGCUUGUUAACGACAGCAGAUUGGCAAGUUCCAUCCCUUAAUGAUGGAGAAGAUAUUGGAUUGGUCGAAGAAAGUGUAACAGACGUCAAAGUUGACCAGACACAUUGUCCACUAGCAGGUGAGAUGAUCUGCACGGCAGAGGAAGCAAGCAACAACAAUGUAUUUCCAGAGGGAAGUAUCAUCAGGGGGACUUCCCCAACAGUACUGCAGAGGGAGACUGGGGUGGUGUGUGUGGGCGGGUGUGACCAGCACCAUACACUGGAGGCAGACGUAGCUGGAGUCACUGUGUGGAGAAGAACACUGGGUGCCGAGAUACUGAAGAAUAUCUCUGGCUGUCAUCCACAUCAGCGUCUUCAUUUCGACCAGGUGAUAAACCUACGAUGGUCUGUCUUUGGCAACGUGUCACUACGCUCUUACUCAAGGCGUAACUUGUGUUUAUCAAUUCCUCGGGUGGUGGUAGUUCAGGCUGCCGGUACUUAUGCUCGCCAUCAAUCAGUAUGCCAAGCCCUAGGUGGCACCCUCGCCUUCAGCACUGAACUGACAACCCUGGGAGUAGCUCGAGGGUUUAGUGACACCUGCGGUGACACCAGUGGUCUCAUGGCUUGGCUCAGGGAAGACCGCAGGGUCAGUGAAGCAGGGAAGACCAACACAGAGAAGUGUCCAGCCUUGAGUGUGGGGAGUCGUGAUUGGGUAUCUUGCGAGUUGCAACUGAAGUGUGCCAUGUGCCAGGUGCCUAACACUCUCAUGUACAUCCUAUAUGGCCACAAUGGGAAACUCUUUGAUCAUAAUUACUUUAUCCCCGCUGACACGAGAUCGCUGCAGUUUAGAGGGCUUGGCGAGUCAGAAAUCAUACGGAAGGGUCAAGGUUGGUUGUUACGGUCGACACUGCACCUGACGGAGUGGCUGCUGGAGGAGGCAGACAUGCCUGUGGGUCGUCAAAAAUGGAAUGUCGGGAGCCAAAUGGUCGUUUUGACACUUACUAUCUGUCGUACGAUUGAGUUCGCGUGCGACGACGGUCAGUGCGUCCCUCAUACCGCUCGCUGUGACGACAUUGUUCACUGUAACGACGGAUCAGACGAGGUCGACUGUCGUGUGGUUGAACGACCUUCCUCAUACGACCUUAUCAACCCUCCGCCUUCACGACCCGGCGAGGCAGUACCACUCCACCUCAACUACCACAUCGACGUGUAUAAUUUGAACGACGUGACUACCAAGGAAGGGGUGGCUAGCAUGGACCUGGGCAUCACUGUCUCCUGGUUCGACCCGCGGCUCAAGUUCCUCAACCUCAAGGAGGGAAUCAAGAACUACUUCCCGUGUGAGCUGGUGUGGACGCCGCGGGUGAGAGCGUUGUCAGGGCGCGGCCACGGCACCGUCCUCACCUCCAAUAACUACGAGAAGUUCUGCUACGCAUACAGCAACGACCAGACGGAGUUGCGUCCUCUCCACGAUCCUCUCAUGAGUCACCAGGCCGACGGCUUGACCAACGCUGUAGAGCUGUACCUCGGAGUGCUGGCUAAAGUGCCCUGCCAUUUCCAGCUUCAGAUGUAUCCCUUCGACGUGCAGCGGUGUAACCUCUCUUUCGUCGUUAUGAACGCUCCCUUCACCCGCGCCUUCAGGAAGUCUUCCCCCGGCAGCCAAGUUCCCUACCUCAAUGCGCGUCGGAUGCUCCUGGAGUACCUGCUAGAGAACCUGACGACGGAGGCCGGCUGGAGCCAGCUAGGCUCCGACAAUAACACCUACAUCGUGCUCACCUACCACCUGAGGCGUCUUUACGGCUACCACCUAACUAACAGCUUCUUCCUAAGCCUACUCAUUUUCUUCAUUUCCUACGCGACUUUCUUCUUCCAGAUGGAGGACUUCACGAACCGCAUCAUGGUGUCACUGACGGCGCAGCUGGUGCUGGCGGAGUUGUUCACCUCGACGACCCAGUCAUCAGCCAGGACUCCUUACCUCAAGCUCAUCGACCUGUGGUAUGCAGUGGUCAUCACCUUGUGCUUCUUAAUCGUCGUCACGCAGACGGUCUUCAACGUGAUCCUCAACGCGGGUCGCUUCCCAGGAGUCUUCGUCCGGGUAAGGGAGAAGCGAGAAAAAUCUAAACCAGAACCAAAGCCGCUAUGUAAAAACAUCAGAAAGAAGACGAUUGUUAAAAACUCAGCUGUAAAGAGGAGAAAGAAAUGGAAAGAGAUUAUUGAGAAUGCUGAGGAGAUCUGCAGUGAGCUCGUUGCUGAGGAGAUCUGCAGGGAGCUGGUUGCUGAGGAGAUCUACAGGGAGCUGGUUGCUGAAGAGAUCUGCAGGGAGCUGGUUGCUGAGGAGAUCUGCAGGGAGCUGAUUGCUGAGGAGAUCUGCAGGGAGCUGCUUGCUGAGGAGAUCUGCAGGGAGCUGGUUGCUGAGGAGAGGAUACACAAAAGUGAACUAUUGUUAACACUCUUAUUCCCCCAGGUGACUCCUGCGUUCACUUCACCUGCCAGCAGACACCAUCGCCACAAGCACAAGCACCAUCAGUGGCACAGUGCUACUAAGCCCAACCUGCAGUUAGCUCAGCGAUGCAACUUCUUCGUCAGGGUUGGUUUUCUUGUGGCCGCCAUCUUUGUUUUCUUUUACGUCCUGAUGGCGGCAGGAGUCUGGCGACUCUCUUGAUGGUAUGUGGAGGAACACCUCCAGGAACAGCACCUCCAGGAACAACAAGAGCAGCACCACCAGGAACAGCACCUCCAGAAACACUACUAACAGCACCUUAAGGAACAGCAGAAGCAAUACCUCCAGGAACACCAGCAGCACCACCACCACCACCAGCAACACCAGGAACACUACUAUCAAACUAAGAGUGAGAGGUAUAUUAUACAUCUCUCAGUGUACACCACACGCAAAGUUUACAUUAAUCACUAAAAGCUUUAGACCUCAUAAACUAACUCCGUAUUAUACAUACACCUCAAUAUCCCUUCUUAAAUAAUAAUAAUAAUUUUAAUUAUAAUAAUAAUUAUAACAAUAAUAAUUCGAGAACUGUUAUUGCAGAAAUGUUUUCAA